UAAACAGUUGUUUAUUUGUGUUGUGAGAAAUAAUAAAGCUGUAACAUUUUUUUUUUUGUAUUGGAACUUAUGAAAGAGACUCUCUGAGAGAGUUAUAUCUUUACUGCAUGGAUAAAAUACAAACAGAACGAAUAAAAACACGUACCAUAAUCAGUGCGUUAGAAAUGAGAAAUGCGUGUUUUUUAAAUUAAGUUAAAUUCUGCUCGUGUCACGACACCUCACACCUGUGUUAUUAAUCAGCGAGAUAGUCAUUAUUCACGAGAGUUACUGAGAGAAGCUGGACGAGACACGUUUAUAAAUCCAUUAUGGAAGGUAAAAGAGGAAUAUCUUCCUUAGCUGUAAAAGGCACCCAAGGCAAGCCACUAAAAGUUUCGCAUCCCUCUCACGGGACGGUCCCGGGGCUGGUGCUGGUGCUCGGGCAGGGGGACGUCGGUCAGCUGGGUUUGGGGGAGGACGUGAUGGAGAGGAAGAGAGCCUCUCUGGUGACGCUGCCUGAGAAGACCGUCCAGGUGGAGGCCGGGGGAAUGCACACCGUGUGUCUCAGCCAGAGCGGCAAAGUCUACACUUUCGGCUGCAAUGACGAAGGAGCUCUGGGGCGCGACACGUCAGAGGAGAGCUCGGAGAUGGUACCAGGGAAAGUGGAGCUGGAGAAGAGAAUCGUGCAGGUCUCUGCUGGGGACAGCCACACUGCUGCGCUGUCUGAAAACGGUGUGGUCUACAUCUGGGGAUCAUUCAGGGAUAAUAACGGUGUGAUUGGGCUCCUAGAGGCUUGGGCAAAGUGCACAGCCCCCAAGCAGCUGCAUACAGCUGAACCCAUCCUCAGCAUAAAAUCAGGUAAUGACCACCUGGUGCUGCUGACUCUGGGAGGUAACCUCUAUACCCUCGGCUGUGGGGAGCAGGGGCAGCUGGGCAGAGUCCCAGAGCGUUUCAGCAACCGGGGCGGAAGAGGAGGCCUGGGGCGCCUCUUGGUCCCCCAGCCUGUCCGGAUUAAAUCCGGUCGGAAAGUCAAGUUCCAGGAUAUCUUCUGCGGAGCCUACUUCACCUUCGGCAUCACCAAAGAUGAUCGAGUGUUUUGUUUUGGGCUCUCCAACUACCAUCAGCUUGGGACACAAGUCACCAGUUCAGUCUUCAUGCCACAGGUCACUACAGCCUUUAAGAAUUCAACCGCGACCUGGACAGGGUUUUCUGGGGGACAGCAUCAUGCGCUCUGCCUGGAUUCAAAUGGACAGGUGUACAGUCUGGGUCGUGCAGAAUACGGGCGCUUGGGCCUGGGGGAAGGCAGGGAGGAGAAAUCGGAGCCCACUGCUGUUCCUGAACUGACCGACGCAGAGACAGUAGCCUGUGGAGCAUCGGUCAGCUUUGCUGUCACCAGGAACGGCCGGGUCUUUGCCUGGGGGAUGGGGACGAACCUGCAGCUGGGGACAGGGGAAGAGGAGGAUGAGUGGAGGCCGGUGGAAAUGACCGGCAAACAGCUGGAGAACCGCACAGUGCUGUCCGUGUCCAGUGGGGGGCAGCAUACAGUCUUGCUGGUCAAAGACCGGUAACUCCUACUCUGUAUACAGCGGCAUUUCAUAGCGACUUGGUUAAAAGAAAAUAUAUACAUUUGACAGCUGUACAAUAGGGAUGUAAACGGGUAUGAUAGUGAUGCUUUACGACAAGCUAAGUGAGCCACACUUUUGAGGUAUAGGUGCGUGUAACGAAGGCUUGGACUGCAACGCGUUAGGAGUCUGCUUUCUAUCCCUGUAAAAGAAAAGAUGUUUCUCUAGCUUUUAAUGUUUCCGUUUGGAAGGCUAAUGGUUUUAAAUCUGUGUUACUACCUUUUUAACUCUGUUAAGGUUUGCAUGUAGUAAAAUGCGCUGGUAUUGCAGGGCCUGUCUGUGUCCUGCAUUGACUACAUGCUAGAUGAGGUUACAGUUUACUGGUGUACUUGCAUUGAAUAGAAUCUGCAAAAGCCCAAUGGGUAAGUUGGCAACCUAUCACUGCUACUUAAAUGGAGUUGACCAAGUUGGUAUGCAGUCCAUCAGGCAUAGUUGAGUUUGGUUCUUUUUUUAAUUUAAUUUAAUUCAAUUCGUUUGUACUUCAGUGGUUAAAUAUUGAAGUAGCUCGGCUAAAUAAGUAUUUUAAAUGAACUAUAAUGAAAAAAGGCUGUGGUGGUUCUGGUGUUUGAUUGGAAGUUAAUGAGCGUAUUUGUGGUAAAGUGUGUAAUUAGCCACUGAUUUAAAAUGCAAUUACAUUUGAAUUAAAACAGAUAAACAAUUCAAUAUUUUUUGUUGUCUGUCAAAUAGCCAGCCAGACUGGAAUUAUUUUUUACUGCUGUUUUGCCAUGUUGAUGCUAGAAUGGGAUUAAUUUUGUUUUUUAAAUUAAUCUGUUUACAUUUUAUUGUAUUAAAGAUUAUUACAUAAAACGUG